UCCGUUAAGGCUCAAAGAACAAGCUUUCUUUCUUUUCAUGCCAUAAUAAAAAAAUGCAAACUUGCUGCUAUUAAUGGGCAGAGAUGUUAAUCAUCUUCUUAACCUCGUUAAAAGACACCAGAACUACCGCAGAGCAAUUCAACAGAUUCAUACUCAGUUAAUAUUCACGACUGCCGAAAACGCCUUUAACCCAAGUUCAAUACCCAUCAUAUUAACUUUGUGGAACUCUGUAAUUCGCCAUUACUCUCUUGGCAUUUUACCACAAGAAGCCUUUUUUCUUUUCCAGAAACUCCGAUUCCAGUAUCAAAAAGUUAUCUUUUUUGAUAGUUUUACAUAUUUAUUCUUGAUCAAAGCAUCUGCCAAUUUAGAACAGUUUUAUAUUGGAAAACAGCUUCAUUGUUUGAGCUUGAAGGAUGGAUUUGAAUCGCAUGUUUAUGUGCAAACUGCCUUGGUUAAUAUGUAUGGUGAAUGUGGGUUAGUUAGGGAAGCGAAGAAGGUGUUCGAUAAAAUGCCUGUCAGAAAUUCUGUGACUUGGAAUGCUUUGAUCAGUGGUUUUGUUAAAUGGGGUGAUGUUAAGGUUGCUCGGGCGGUGUUCGAUGCAAUGCCGGAGAAGAAUGUCAUUUCGUGGACGGGUCUCAUUGAUGGGUAUACGCGGAUGGGUCGGUUUAAUGAGGCUUUGACUUUGUUUCGCGAGAUGGUUGUGGUCGAGGGGAUUAAACCGAGUGAAGUGAGUCUUUUGGCGAUUUUCCCUGCUAUUUGGAAUGUUAGGUGUCUAGAGUGUUGCCAAAUGGUUCACGCUUACGGGGAGAAAAGUGGUAUUAAUGCUUUUGAUAUCCGUGUUAUGAAUUCGCUUGUAGAUGCUUAUGCUAAAUGUGGAAGCAUAGACGAUGCUGUGAGAGUUUUUGAGGAUAUAAUAGAUGAAAGAAGGAAUUUGGUGUCAUGGACGUCGAUAAUAUCAGGAUGUGCAAUGCAUGGGAUGGCAAAAGAAGCUUCGGAUAGUUAUCAGAUGAUGGUGGAUGCAGGUGUUGAACCGAAUCGCAUAACGUUUUUGAGCAUGCUCAAUGCUUGCAGUCAUGGAGGUUUAGUGGAUGAGGGGCUCGAGUUUUUCAGGAAGAUGGUUGAUGAGUUUGGGAUUCAACCAGACAUUAAGCAUUAUGGCAGCUUGAUAGACAUGUUAGGCAGAGAAGGUAGGUUAGUAGAAGCAGAAGAAAUAGCUUUGGAGAUACCUAAUGCUAUGUCUAAUGUUGUGAUUUGGAGAACACUAUUGGGAGCUUGUAGUUUUCAUGAUAAUGCAGAUCUGGGAGAAAGAGUUAUGCAGAAGAUCAUGGAGAUGGAAAACAAAUACGGUGGUGAUUAUGUGCUUCUUUCGAAUAUCCUUGCAGGUAUGGGCAGGUAUGUUGAUUCUGAGGUUGUGAGGCGAGUGAUGGAUGAGCAAAAUGCACUCAAAGCUCCCGGCCUUAGCUUUACUUAAUGUCAAACACAGAGUAAAGAGAGUCAAGAUCCUCACUAUCCAAUUCAAACAAAGGAUCUAUUACUCCGUCGUUGACCAAUUCAUCUCUCACACACUCUUGAAGAUGAUUGUGACCAGCCUGGAAUACACUGAAAUCAAUGGCGGGGAUUGAGACUUGAUCCAUGAUCCUAGAACUGUACGAUCUUUUCCGCUAUUAUAUUGCCAACUGCUAACCUGAAGAAGUAGUCUUGAUCAGAUUUAUAGUCUUGGUGAUAUCAGGCUUAUAGCAACCUGUAUUUUACUGCUGGAAGAUGUAGAAAGGAAUUUACUCGGGUUUGAAAGUGAAGUUUUUGUCCUCGGAAAUAAAAAUAGCUUGUUCAUGGUGAAAGUUUAGAAGACCGAUGCCAGGAUGAUGUUUUCAUACCUGGGACAAGCAGAGAGUCCAGAUGAAAGAUAGUCUCUGGUAUUGUUUUUUCUCUAAAAGCAACCUUGACUGAGGUAGCUCAUCAUAGGCCUUAACGAGUUUGAUUGAUUAAGGAAUUUUAUGCAUUUGGAGAAGACGAUUGGGACAAUGAAAUAUUGUUGAAA